CAUUGGAAUACAAGAGUGAGAGAGAGAGAGAGAGGUGCCAAGCAACCAUUUCUCUCCAAGUUCUUUCCUUCUUUCCCAAUCUUCCUCCUUUUAACACCCCCUUCAUUUUCUUCUCUCCUUCUUAUAUUACCAAAGUUGGUAGUGAUGUCACUAAAAUCACCAAGAUAUCAAGGUUUUUAAGUUUUUUUUUUUAGCAACUUUAAAUUUUACACACACAAAAAGAAAAACCAAAAGCAUUUCAUUAGUUAUUUCUUCUUCCUGUUUUAUAGUUUUGGAAUUGAAACAGGUUUUUAUUUUUUAUUUUAUAUACCUUCUCUUCUUGCAUAAUAAAACAUGGCAACAACCAUAAAUAUGUACAAUAGCAACAAAAACAUGACACAUGGUUUCUUAGAUCCAUAUAAUGAAGAAGAACUAAUGAAAGCACUCGAGCCUUUUAUGAAAACUAGUUCUUCUUCAUCAAUCUCUGAACAAUCUCCACUUACACCAAAUUUGAAUCCCAAUUACGGAAUCCAAGCAAGUUCCAUUGGUCUCAACCAACUCACUCCAUCACAAAUCCUUCAAAUUCAAACCCAAUUCCAAACCCGCCAACAACAACAACAAAAUAAACCCCUUACCCAAAAGCCAGUUCCCAUGAAAUACUUUGGAAUUCCCUCAAAACCAACGAAACUCUACCGUGGAGUUAGACAACGUCAUUGGGGAAAAUGGGUUGCUGAAAUACGACUUCCAAAAAACCGCACGCGUCUAUGGUUAGGUACAUUUGAUACAGCAGAGGAAGCAGCUUUUGCUUAUGAUAACGCAGCUUAUAAGCUUAGAGGUGAAUUUUCACGUCUCAAUUUUCCUCACAUGCGCUUCCAUGGAAGCUACAAUCCGCUUCCUUCCUCGGUUGAUUCAAAACUUCAAGCUAUUUGCGAAACUUUAGCUAUUUCUCAAAAACAGGGGAACACAGAAAAGCCAUGUUCCUCUGUUGAAGAUGUAAAGCCUCUGGUACAUGUUCCUGCACAAUCAAUGGGUGAAUUCGUGUUUGAGGAUUUUAAGGCGUUUUCGUCUAUGUCUGAUGAAUGUUCGCUUGGAUUGUCUUCACCAGAAUCAGGUCUUACUUUCUUGGAUUUCUCAGAUUCUAGCCAGUGGGAUGAAGUCGAGAAUUUUGGGUUGAAGAAGUUCCCUUCUGUUGAAAUUGAUUGGGAAGCCUUAUGAGUCUUUCUUUUUGGGUUUAGUAUAUGUUUAUGUAUUUUGUAAUUUCAGGGUAUAUGUUAUUGUGUCUUCGGCAGCAUCAUCUGCAAUGAAGUUUUUCACAUUUGCUGAGGGAGCUUGAAAAUUUUAGGGUACUAAAUUAGAGAGUCGUGUUAAUUAGUGGUUAUUAUUAUGGUCUAAUGAUGACCUUCUUGGUCUGCUGGUGUUUUUUUUUUUUUAUCCUUGCAUGACCAUGGGAGUUUCUAUUUGUGUCUUGGUUCCUUCUUGCUCAACUUAACUUUAAUGUCUUUUCAUGAUGGAUUUAA